AUGGGUUCAGCUUUUGUAGAUGAUAUUGUAAUGAAGAUCAAUCUAAUUAAAGAAAGUUUGAAAUCUGCACAAAAUAGACAGCAGAAGUAUUAUAAUCAGAAGCACAGACUGGUUGAAUUUCAGAUUGGAGACUUUGUGUAUGUCAAAGUCAGUCCUAUGAAAGGUGUUAGUAUAUUUGGAAGAGUGAGCAAACUCAAUCCAAGGUAUGUCAGACCUUUUGAGAUCAUUGAAAGGGUUGACAAUUCUGCUUACAGGUUGUUAUUGCCUGAUCAGAUGUCUGAUAUAUACAAUGUGUUUCAUGUAUCCUCUUUGAGAAAAUGGAUAUCUGAUUCUGGAAAGAAACUUUCUGCUGAUGAUAUUGAGGUUCAGGAGAAUCUACAAUACAGAGAUGAACCUGAAAAUAUUUUGGCAUUUGAUGUAAAGAAGCUGAGAAGUAAACAUAUUCCUAUGGUUAAGGUUCAGUGGAAGCAUAGAACGACAAGAGAGGCUACUUGGGAAAAGGAAUCGGAUAUGAGACAGUUGUAUCCAAGCCUGCUCUGA